GAAUAGGGGAAGUUGACAGAGCACAGCGCUUUGCGUGAGUUCAGUGUUUGCAAAUAUAGAGUGAUCUCAACAGACGGACUAGCGGACUCUGAGCAAAGCGACGGCUGCACCGCGUUGCUAUUGCACGAAGAGGACGCUUUCUUGUUACACUUUAUCUUGAUUCAACAACAUCUAUAUAUUUUUUUGUCUUUUAUCGCCUAAUACUUGGGAUUGCAAUGGAUGUUCUACCAAUGUGCAGCAUUUUUCAGGAACUUCAGAUCGUUCAUGACACUGGCUAUUUCUCUGCAUUGCCAUCGCUUGAAGAAUACUGGCAACAGACAUGUUUGGAGCUGGAGAGAUAUUUGCAGAGCGAGCCGUACGUCUCUGCGUCUGACCUCAAGUUUGAGGGCCAGGAGGACCUUUGGAGCAAGCUCAUCUUGGCUUGCGGAGAUAAGGGAGAUGGGAACGGCAACCUUCCCAAAGUCAAGGAAGAGGACAAUCAGGACUGCCAAAUAUUAGAAACCAACAGCAUGAAUUCGGAUGCCAGCAGUGAGGCGUCUGACAGCUCGGAGGAGCUCUCGCCCACUCACAUCUUUACCUCCAACCCGCUGGGCUCGGUUCUGACGGAGUCGGCGCAUCACUUGAGUUCCUCGAUCAUCAGCACGCCUCCGUCCUCCCCAGAAACCCCGCAGGAGCCCGGCGUCCCGCAGGUGUGGGGCUCCACGCAGACUGACUCGCACGUGCCGGCCAAGAUCCGGCAAAACGGACUGGGGAAGGCCUCGGAUAAGGCUUCGGCGGGAGGGGACGCCUCUCCGGACGGCAGGAGGAGAGUGCACAGGUGUCACUUCAACGGAUGCCGGAAGGUUUACACAAAGAGUUCUCACUUGAAAGCACAUCAGCGGACUCACACAGGUGAGAAGCCGUACAGGUGUUCAUGGGAAGGCUGCGAGUGGCGCUUCGCGAGGAGCGACGAGCUAACCCGACACUUCAGGAAGCACACCGGUGCAAAGCCAUUUAAAUGCAGUCACUGUGACAGGUGUUUCUCCAGGUCGGACCACCUAGCCCUGCACAUGAAGAGGCACCUCUGAGCGGGCCGUAGCUUCACGCUGGGGAUAUGUUGUGUCCAGACCAGCUUCCUGGUUGACCUGGCCCCACAAAAAAUGCUGGGGGGGAGUGUGUUCCAGCCAAAGCAUGCCAUUUUGCACCAUAUCCUGUGCCUCCGUGAGCCCCGGGAUAAAGGCGGACUGACUGGUUGUUGAAACGGAAAAGGAAUGGACAAAAUCACGUAUGAAGAAUCCGAAGAGAGGAGGAUGAUUUAUUUAAAAAACAAACAAAAAAAAAUUUGUAAAAAAACAACAAAAAAAAACAACGAGCGAAUGAAUGGUGUGUUGUAUGGUGCAUGAUGUUUUGGGACAACUCCUGGACUAUACACUGGUACUUUUAAAACAAAUCCUAACGAAACCUGUUUGACGUGAGCGGAUGAAUGUCCCGUGUGCGAAGAAGGGUGGGAGGGGGGUACCAGUGUAUCACUGUGGGCUGAAUGGUGUCGGGAAACAAGUUCCAUUUUUGUUUCCACACGGUAUGCGAGAACGGCAAAGUCUGAAUGAAGCCGUGAGACUGAGAACUCCUGCCAGACGCCCCCGGGCUCUUUCGCGAGAUUGCGGAGGGGGCGAAGCGGCCAUGGUUUCACCCCCUUCCCCCAUCUAAAGGGGGGACGGAAACUCGGUCCUGAAUGAAAGUGGCUUUUUUUUGGUGUUCGGUGCAGCUACUAAAUGUGCAAUGUGUUCGGUAGCUUGUUUUUUUGUUUUUUUUUUGACAGGCUACAAAAGCUCAUUUGUAGUCUGUUGUAUAAGCUGUGUGCUUAGAGAUGUAACACAAUUAUAACUUCACUAUCAUAAACAGGUGUUGCAUGGUAUUGGGGUUUGUACUUUUUUUUUUUUUUUUUUUUUUUAAAUUGGGACUGAAAAUAGAUUCCAAUAAAGUGCAGCUAAACACAAUUGGUUAAAUGUUACAAUAUUGUACAUAAACGCAUCGAUCAUUCUUCACUCCAAAUUCAAUCAGUGACCAUUUCAUACUUCAUCUUGAGGACUAAAUUCUCUCUUUCUAUCUCCAUUUUACCUGAUGUUAAUGCACUGUUGGCCUUAAUGGUGCCUUAUGCAAGUGACCUUUCCGAUUGGGGGUCACGAAAUGUCUUGUAUAAGUGAUUGAAAAAGCUUUAUUAAGGCUCUGUUUCACAUGAACAUGCACCUUUCCCAUUUCCAAAGCCACUGUAACCAAGCCCUUGUAGAUAUCUUGUUAUUCUUGAGCAUGCGAUUUCAUUCUUUGUCCCUAAUAUUUGCCCUCACGUUUCUGGAUGUCGUCAAAUCUGCAAUGUAGAGCACUUAAAAGUUACGGACUUGGUAUCUACGGAAUGCGCUUUUAGAUCUGUGGAGCUGCGGAAAAGCUCUUAAAGUGGGAAAACAGGCCGUUGUAUAACACAAGGCUUGAGCGUCUGUGGAAUGCCAACUCCCCCCGUCCUCUGUAUCCAAGAAUAAAGAAAAAAACAAACAAAAAAAAACGCCUAAAGAUUUAUUGUAAUUAACAAGCUCCAGUCAGACAGGCCUUGCCUUGUACUGCCUCUCUGUAAUGAAUUGCUGAAGGCCCUGCCUGCUAUAGACUGCUGACUCGGGCGGUUCGAUAUUGACCUGUCUGGAUGCUGUUGUUUUAGUCCAGCGACAGUAUUGUGGAAACAGUGCACAGCCAUCCAGAAAGAUAAAGAUAUAUCGCACACCUUUUCAACAUUUUACAAUGGACAUUCACGGACGCCGCGCGGAGAAAGCCGUCGUU